GUCCACCUGCCUGGGCAGAGCUGAGUGGGAACUUCUGCCUGUGCCCACUAUGCUGGGAUGAGCUCCUAGCUGACAUCAGGCCACCAGUCCCGCUUCCUGUGCAUAGUGUGUCAGUGAUGUAGUGAUAGUGAGAUGCUUGUGGGAGUCUUCAUCACUUAGUGCUUGUGGAGUUUUAGUUACUAUUAUUUUUCCACCGUGAAAUUUAAAGCCAUACAGAAGUCAUGAAAGCAUUUCAUAAAGAAAAAAGCCAUCAGCAUUCACCUUUAUUCCCAGCACCUUCUGAGCCACUGUUUUAGUCUUUUCCAGCAUUGUCCAGAGGCAGCAUGCAGGUCGAGACUUGUGUCGAUGAAACAUUUUGCUUUUCACUUGGGCAGAAGGGCUCUAGUUUGGAGCUUACUUCUUGGUGCCUCGGUUCUACUUCUCCUGAGCUGUUGAACUUGUGCCAGUUCCUCAACCUCUCUGGGCCUCCAUGGCCUUAGCAAUCAGUCCUCUGGAGAAAACACCACUGCUGGUUAGGGCUGCUGUUUUCUGACAUUAGUUGGGAUACUGGUGAGGAGAGUCUCAGGGGAUUCAGGGGAAGGAGGAGAGGACAGAUGAGGAAGGGCUUUAUCCAAGCCAAGGAAUUUGGUUUUCACCCUGAGGGCAGUGAGGCGCCAACGACAGUCUGUGAAUAUAUUUUACUGUUUCAAAUUCUCAAAAACGUAGUGGUGGACACCCGGAUCAGGGACCCUGGAUCAGAACUCAGCAGGGCCCAGGGUGGCCAUGAAUGAGGGGGCAGAGGGUGAGGAAGUGGCCAGACUCCAUCCCUACAGAUGGGGCCCACAGUGUCUGUGAGACUUCUCCAGUGAGACUCAGCAGUUGAGAGGUGGGAGCCCAGAUCCCCUGCUUUUCUGUACUGUGGCCCACCUGACCCAGGCUGCCAGCUCCCAAGGACAGAAGGACCCCACUGUCAUGCCUGCAGGACCCCAAGUGAUGGUGGUUUACACGGAGGAGGAGCUGAGCCCUGCGAGACUGGUUAGCACGGCGGAGCUGGGAGCGGUGCCUGCUGGCUGGCGGGAGUGAACGUGAGAUCUCAGCGUCUCAACUCGAGAGGAAGCAUGUCUAAGAAAGGCCGGAGCAAGGGCGAGAAGCCCGAGAUGGAGAUGGACCCGGUGCAGAUGGCCAACGAGGAGCUGCGGGCCAAGCUGACCAGCAUUCAGAUCGAGUUCCAGCAGGAAAAGAGCAAGGUGGGCAAGCUGCGCGAGCGGCUGCAGGAGGCCAAGCUGGAGCGCGAGCAGGAGCAGCGACGGCACACGGCCUACAUCUCGGAGCUCAGGGCCAAGCUGCACGAGGAGAAGACCAAGGAGCUGCAGGCGCUGCGCGAGGUGCUCAUCCGCCAGCACGAGCAGGAGGCGGCGCGCACGGCCAAGAUCAAGGAGGGCGAGCUGCAGCGGCUGCAGGCCACGCUGAACGUGCUGCGCGACGGCGCGGCCGACAAGGUCAAGACGGCGCUGCUGGCCGAGGCGCGCGACGAGGCGCGCAGGGCCUUCGACGGCGAGCGCCUGCGGCUGCAGCAGGAGAUCCUGGAGCUCAAGGCGGCACGCAAGCAGGCGGAGGAGGCGCUCAGCAACUGCAUGCAGGCCGACAAGACCAAGGCGGCCGACCUGCGCGCCGCCUACCAGGCGCACCAGGACGAGGUGCACCGCAUCAAGCGCGAGUGCGAGCGCGACAUCCGCCGGCUGAUGGAUGAGAUCAAGGGGAAAGAUCGUGUGAUUCUGGCCUUGGAGAAGGAGCUCGGUGUGCAGACUGGGCAGACCCAGAAGCUGCUGCUUCAGAAAGAGGCUUUGGAUGAGCAGCUGGUUCAGGUCAGAGAGGCUGAGCGGUACCACAGUAGUCCAAAGAGAGAGCUCCCGCCCGGCAUAGGGGACAUGGCCGAGCUCAUGGGCGUCCAGGAUCAACAUAUGGACGAGCGAGACGUGCGGCGAUUUCAGCUAAAAAUUGCUGAACUGAAUUCGGUGAUACGGAAGCUGGAAGACAGAAAUACCCUCUUGGCAGACGAGAGGAAUGAACUGCUGAAACGCUCCCGCGAGACGGAGGUCCAGCUGAAGCCGCUGGUGGAGAAGAACAAGCGGAUGAACAAGAAGAAUGAGGACUUGCUGCAGAGCAUCCAGAGGAUGGAGGAGAAGAUUAAGAACCUCACGCGGGAAAACGUGGAGAUGAAAGAGAAACUGUCAGCCCAGGCAUCCCUGAAGAGGCACACUUCCUUGAACGACCUCAGUCUGACACGGGACGAGCAGGAGAUCGAGUUCCUGAGGCUGCAGGUGCUGGAGCAGCAGCAUGUCAUUGACGAUCUCUCACUGGAGAGAGAACGGCUCUUGCGGUCCAGAAGACAUCGCGGGAAGGGCCUGAAGCCACCCAAGAAGCAUGUUGUGGAGACAUUUUUUGGAUUUGACGAGGAGUCUGUGGACUCGGAAACGCUGUCAGAGACGUCCUGCAACACGGACAGGACGGACAGGGCUCCGGCCACGCCCGAGGAGGACUUGGAUGACACUACAACCCGAGAAGAGGCUGACUUGAGGUUCUGCCAGCUGACCAGGGAGUACCAGGCGCUGCAGCGAGCCUAUGCCCUGCUUCAGGAGCAGGUGGGCGGGACACUGGACGCCGAGCGAGAGGCCCGGACUCGGGAACAGCUCCAAGCUGAUCUGCUGAGGUGUCAGGCCAAAAUCGAGGAUCUGGAGAAGUUACUGGUUGAGAAGGGCCAGGAUUCCAAAUGGGUUGAAGAGAAGCAGCUGCUCAUCAGAACAAACCAGGACUUGCUGGAAAAGAUUUACAGGCUGGAAAUGGAAGAGAGCCAGCUGAAGAAUGAAAUGCAAGACGCAAAGGAUCAGAACGAGCUGUUAGAAUUCAGAGUGCUAGAACUCGAAGAGAGAGAGCGGAGGUCGCCAGCAUUUAACCUCCAAAUCACCACCUUUCCCGAGAACAACAGCAGCGCCCUCCAGCUGUUCUGUCGCCAGGAAGGAGUUAAGGAUGUGAAUAUUUCUGACCUUAUGAAGAAAUUAGAUAUCCUUGGCGAUAACGGGAAUUUGAGAAAUGAAGAACAGGUUGCAAUAAUCCAGGCUGGAACUGUGCUUGCCCUGUGUGAAAAGUGGCUGAAGCAAAUAGAGGGAACGGAGGCUGCCCUGACCCAGAAGAUGCUAGACCUGGAGAAGGAGAAGGACCUGUUCAGUAGGCAGAAGGGCUACCUGGAGGAGGAGUUGGACUACAGGAAGCAAGCCCUAGACCAGGCUUACCUGAAAAUCCAGGAGCUGGAGGCCACGCUGUACGAUGCGCUGCAACAGGAGCCGGGGCGGAGGGCCAGCGAGGCGCUGAGCGAGGGCCAGCGGGAGGACCUGCAGGCCGCCGUGGAGAAGCUGCGCCGGCAGAUCCUGCGGCAGAGCCGGGAGUUCGACAGUCAGAUCCUGCGGGAGCGCAUGGAGCUGCUGCAGCAGGCCCAGCAGAGAGUCCGAGAACUGGAGGAUAAGCUGGAAAUCCAGAAGCGACACCUGAAAGAACUGGAGGAAAAGUUUUUGUUCCUUUUUUUGUUUUUCUCACUAGCAUUCAUUCUGUGGCCUUGAUGACUUCAGUGAGCCAAGAACUCGGGAUAUAAAAAAAGCUUAUGGAAUAAACUGAGUCCUAUGGCAACCCCGACCCCACUCAAACCAAAAUUCAACAGCAAAACAAGCUAUUCCAAGCCCAGAGACUGAAACCAGAAUUUGUGGAUACUUGAUGACAGUCCAAAGGGGAGGCAUUUAGGAUCUACGGCUGGGUCCUGGCUGGGUCGGGCUUAGGAGCUCUGCAGGGACCAAGGGGAAUUUGUCAAGCUCAGGGCCACAUCUGAGUCCCCGCUGUGGCACCUUCAAGAGCCCGAGGGGCAGAGACCCAAAUACCAGGAAACUAAGUGCAAUUACUAGAAACUGGUUGAUUGGAGAGCCGCUGCAGUGUCUGGGGACAGACCCGCUUCCUUGUCCCCACACGGCAUGCCUCCCCAGCCGUGGUGUGUGUGCCCGGCUAGACACUGACUGUAUACAUAGUCUCCAUGAACUGUGCCCUGUGAAUCCCAGAGUCUGUCAGCCAGAGUGACUCGAAAAUGUCCCUGUGAUCUGAACGCAAAGUCAAGACCCGGUCACCAAAGCCCUCCAGGUCCAUGUGCAGCUGGAUUCAGCAGCUGGAGGCCAGAGAGAGAGCCUCACCCACUGUGGACAGUGGAUGCCAGGACCUCACAUUUACAAGGGGGAAGCCACAGGCUCCAUCACUCUUGUGGGUAUAACACAGUGAAAGUCCCAGAGCCUGACUGUACCUUGAGCCAUGGUGGAACAAGGACUGAGAGGUGGAUAGAGCCCCCACCCAGACCACCCUUGGGCUGUCUUGCAUCUGGGUUGUAAUUUGCAAGGGGUUGGCAAGGAAGAAAUGCUGUGUUGUGAAGUGAUUCCCUGGAGUGCCUGUGAGGACCGAGGCUCGUUCUGCUGUGGUCUGAGACAAAGUCCAUUCUCUUACAACUGGAGAGAAGGAGGCAGCCCUUCCUGACCUCAGGAGACCCACCUCUGCAUCAAGCCUCUCAGGAGAACGGAUGGAGUGGGGCAGCUCAGGAGGACAGGACACCAGCUGGUGGGAGUCAAGUCUCGGAGGGAAUCCCGGAAAAGAAAAGUCCCUUUUGGUUGCUGUUGCAGUGAGUGGGUGGGUGGGGGAGCACCUCCAGGAGAAGACACCUGCUCAUAUGACUGCCCCCUCCCAAACUCUUGGAAGGAAUACUUUUGGAAUCAAAAUAGAUCAAGUGAAAUAGAAGGUAAUGGCUGUUAAGGAGAGAAUAGCCGCAUCUUAUUGGGAGAAGCACCUGAAGGCAAGGAUGGUUUGAUCCCAAGGAUGGAAAGAUUCACUGCUCUGUGUUUGUUGGACUGCAAGAGCAAUCCUGUAAUUUCCAGUGAGAAUAACCUUUGGAGAAAACCUAAAUGACUGAAAUUCAGGCCACCGGAGGAAUCGAGGAGGGAGGAGAAUCCAAGAAAAGAGCUGAAAGUUCUCAGAAGGACAGACUCAAGGAUGGAGAAGAACAUGGAUCUCAGCACAGAAGGGGCAUCCAGCCAGACAGAGAGGGAUGUUCAAACAAAACCAAAGGACUAGGGGGCUCUAAGCAAACAGACACCCAAGACAGUUGAAUAGCGACCAUUCCUCUUUUGAAAUCUAAACCCAAAGCACCACCACACCAGCCCCAUGACUUUCCAGCAUCUGACGACCAAAAGCAAAUGAACUGAUGUCUCUGCUUGGAAAAAGCAGACAUCUGAGCACUCCAGGUAGCAAUGGGAAUGUAGACCACACAACGAACAAAAAUGAAAAAGCACACCUACUUUCUCUGGAGCCAGAGAAGCACAGAGAAGCCUUGCUUUGCUCACUUAGCAGCUCAAGUCCAGGAGGCAUGCAGGGUCCCUGGGAAGCUGGACCUACAGCACAGAGCACCCACCCAUUGCCUCCCCACUGCAGGAGCGUGGGGUCUCCUGCCCUCCUGCCCCACACUUCUGUCUACUCAGCUCUCCCACUCAGACAGGAGGAUGCAAACGAUGGUGGCUUUGAUGUCAGACCCAUCCAGGUCCACUCCCAGACCUGCCACUCCCCUGCAGUGGACACUUGGCAAAAUACUUGCCCUUCAGUCUUAAUUUUGUCUAUCUGUGGAAUGGGGGUGAUAUUCUCACACAGCACCUCACAAAAGGUUUUCUAUGGGUACAACUAGACAGUUAGACCCAAAGACUCUUAGACACUGUCAGGAGCUGUAGCAGACAGCAUUGACCACACCUUUGUGGGAGUCGUCCUCAAAGGAGACCUUAUGGCCCAAAGGGGACCAGGGGCCAUUCUCUUUGGCCCCCAGGAGAAAGUUCAGGUGCAAGGGACUGAGACUUACACAGGCAGGUGUGGGAGCUGCCCUGGCUUAGGAGCCCAAAGUCCUCAACAAGAGCCAGCAUUUCUUGUGACAGUCCUAGGCAUCGCCUCCAAGGUUCCUGCCAGGGACAGGCCCAGUCACAAGAGCCACUGUACUCAGCAGGCCUCAGAGCUCUGGCGGUGCACCAGGUGCAUACUCAUGUUCUCGGAGGUCAUCCACAGCUCUCCGCGAGCCCAGGAUAUUUUCCUGCACAAUCUGAAGCCACCGCAGCCACCUGGAAAUCUCCAGAAAGUCAUUGUUGCAGAUUCGCUUAGUUUUAUUCAGUCUUGGCCCAUGAACUAUGUACGGGAUGGAGCCGACCGCUAAAGAACGGACUGAAAAAAGUUUCAGUUACAUUGUCAGAGCCCCCAGCAGUGAUGGGUUUGAUAUA